GUUGAAAUUAGCACGUGAUUUUUUACAACGAACAGUAACUAAAAUAAUAGGUUAGAAACAAUUGUGUUUUCUUAAUAAGUAAACAGUUUAAAGAUUCGUGAAGUGAAUUAAAAAUUAAGUCUUCUGAUAAAAAGAUUUAAUAUAUAAAAUAUAUAAUUAAUAAUAUUUCUUUGUCAUUGUGAAACAAUAAUUAGUAUCCACAUUAAAAUAAAAAUGGAUAACAUAUCCACGUUGAAACGACCCAAACCCAGUGAUAACGAGGAAGAAUUAUUUCAAAUGCAAGAAGAUUUUAUACAAAACAAACUACAACCAUCAGCUAAAGUGAUCAAUUUAAGACAUUUAAAUAUGGAUCAAGCUAAUUCUAUACAAAAUUCGACGACUAAGUGUGCAGCUAAUUCAAAUAAAAAACAAUCCAAAUUUGUGAAAUCCAAGAAACAAAAACUAGAAAAGGUUUCUACGUCCCAAAGUACAGGUGAAUUAUUGAAUGCAAAUGUCAAAGAGAAAUUGUCUAUAAAUUCGUCUACGAAUAUUUGCGAUUUUGUACAAAAUAUACCUAUAAAUCGAUCAAAAAUAAUUCUUGGAAAUAUAAUAGAAAAGAAAUUGGAUGUGAAGGAUAUGAAAUAUAACUUUGAUACAAGAGUUAAUAAUAAUUCAAAAAUUGCCUUUCCAGAAGUAUUCGUGUUUGAUAAUUACAAGAGAACGUCAGAUAAACAGAGUUUAUUUUCACAAAAAUGUUCACAAAGGAAAGUUGCUGAUAAUUCUACUAAAAUGGAAUGCGAAGAGGAGUUUGAUAAGACGAAGAAUGAAGGUUCUGAUCUUGUAUUGAAUUCAAUAGCGGAAGAAGUUCAUCAAGAAAAUUUGGAAAAAUUGAGAGAAAUGACACAAGAAGAAAUAUUGAUGGAAAAAAGCAAGCUUGAAUCGUCUCUCGAUCCAGAGUUAAUAAAGUUUAUUAAAAAUAGAAGAAAAGUGAAAACCAAAAUGGAAGUAAAUAAACCAGAUGUUCGAUCAGGUAAUCUAAAUGGUGAAGAGUGUGUAAGAAAUAAAAAAAAUGAUUCUUCGUGUUAUGACCAAGCCGAAGUUAUGGAAUGUGAAAAUAAUAUAGAAAAUGUACCAAAGCCUUGCAUAGAAAUUCUAAAAGAAGCUAAGAAUAAGGGGUGGGUUCAUUUGGAUACCGUAGAAGUUGAUAAAUUACAGUGGAUGCAAGAUAUAGCAGAAACAAAGGAAGAUAAAUCUGCACCCGAUGAACCUUACAAUGCUCGAUUUGAUUUUAAAGGUUUAUUACUUCCAUACAAAGAUGAGAGUUUAUCAUGGGAUAAUGGUCUUCAUCAUCACGGAGAAGAACCAGAACGUCCUGGUUAUUCUUUGCAAGAAUUAUUGCAACUUAGUAGAUCUUCUAUCAAACAACAUCGUUCCAUCGCUUUGACUACUAUAGCUAAUAUUUUAGAAAACAGUAGUAAAGGCUGGUACGACAAAGUUUUGUCACCAGCACCGUUAGUUACGUUGAAUCAAAAUAAUUUCUUACUUUUAUUAAGAUUUUCGUUGGAUGAUUCAGUCGAAGACGUGAUUAAGGCAGCUCUGCAGGCAUUAAGAGCAUUUAUUUUUAACGAAUCAGAUGAGAUUUGUUUGGAUAAAUUGUUUGGUUGGAAUAAAUAUAAAGAACCUACUUUGAAACCUCCAUCUUCUGAUAUCAAGGAUGAAAGUACAUUGAAGGACCACGAACUCGUACAAAUAGAUGCUGUUUCUGCACUUCUAAGAUCAGAUAUUAUUUUAAGAAUUAGAUACAUCUUAGGUAUUAAAUUAUUUCCAACCGUUGGUUUGGCGUGCGCUCUGGAAGUAUUAACUCGUCUUGCAAGAUAUUCGCAUAUAGUUGCAUUGAAUAUUGCAACUACCCCAUAUUUGUUGGAUACUAUAAUUAACAAUUUAAUGCCCUUAUCUGUCAGUGGGAUAAAUUUCAAGAGUCCUGAUAUUCCACUAGUCGAGAGUGUACGUUUGUGUCGAGUUUUAGUUUAUUAUGGUGGAAGAGCGGUUGCUGAAAAAUUAAUUCGAUUGAAUAUCAUUCAGUGCAUUCUAUCUUAUGUUGAAGAUCCAGCGACAACCGAAAUGACUCAUGGAAUUAUGUUGAGAAUAGAAAGUUAUAGACUUUGGAAAUUGUUGCUAAAUCACAAUUUAGCAACGAACAGCUUAGAUGGUAUACAAGUAAGGCUUGCAAUGGAGUUAGAACAUUUUUUAAGUAAUCACGAUAUCAGAAAAGCUUCAGAAUACGAAUGUGAAUAUGCAAUUGCAAUUAUAGCUGUAUGCAGUACCUUGCAUACAUUUAAGGAGAAAAUGUUGUUACUGUUAUCAAAAUGGAGUUCACAAUUAUUUUCAUUAUCGUCUCCUAACUGGCCCGCUUUAAAAUUAUUUUCACAAGCAUUGCUAGCUGUUAACGAUUCAAAGCCCUCGGAAAUUAAUUGGGUUUCGAAUUCAAAUAUAUUUUCAGAAUUAUGUUUUAAUUCCAAUUUAUUGAGUACCUGUACACCAGCUGUUGAACGAGAACCACCCUACCUGUCAAAUCUCGGCGUAACGACAGAAGAAGGCCUAUUGCAACCAAUUAUGUUUUCUACUUGCAUUCCAUUUCUAUCAGUAAUACUGGAUAAGUUUCGUCACGAAUCCUUUGAAGAAGGUAUUCUGAGGAUAUUCAAUCAAUCAGGUUUUAUAAAAUAUAUUCAAGAACUUGAAUCAUCUAAUUGGCAUUUGGAACGAUCGUGGUAUACGCGAAUAGAGUUUUAUUUUCUCAUCAGUGUUGUUAAAGCUGCACAACUUAUUACUAAACAAUUAAAUUCUACGAUGAAGCGUAAUAUUUGGAAAUUAUCUAUUAAACUUAUAUCGGCGUUACCGGGAGACUUUUCCGAUGAUGUGAUAGAUAUGUUGAAAAUUGCUUUGCCCAAAGAAGAAUUAAAUAUGGAAUCAGUAACUUAUAAACUAUCGCAAUUAAAUUUAAAUAACGCCAAUAAUUGUGCGAAACAUGAAAUAGCUACUUUGUAUAAAAAGUAUAUUACAACAAAUUCAGAUUGGCGUCAAGCAGCAAUGCCUAAAGAUUGGUUCUAUUUACCUUUGGUACAUAUUUAUACUAAGUGUAGAAAUAAUGAAAAUAUUACGGAAGAAGAUACGAAUAAUAUCUUAGUUAUAUUAGGUUUAGAAGUAACUUCACCUAAUUUUGUUGCAACGUUAUGUCCAACGUUAAGAUUUAGUAGGCUGGUAUUAACAUAUUUGUGCGAUACAAUUUAUUUAAACAAUGAUAUAUCCGUUUUAUUAAACAUAGCAAUGGAAGAAUUGGUGAAAAAGUAUCACGCAAAGUUAAACUUUACUAAAGAUUUACCAGGAUUAAAUUCUUUCGUUGAUUUGUUCACUGCUAUGUGCGAACACUUUUGCUCUACUUCUUAUGGUGAUAAUAAUUUUGCUACAAUAUUAUUAAUUCUUAUCGCACAGAGACAUGACGCGCAUUACAGAAAAUUAUUGUGGUCUGAACAUGCCGGCGUACUCAGGUAUUUGAGAUUACCUUUGAACAAGUUAAUGAUUCCUUUAAAUGAAUAUCUAUAUCCUCUGGAAGAAGACACGUCGUUGAUAGAAACAUAUAUAACAGUACUCGUUAGAAAUACAAUUAAACCAGAAUGGUGUCCUGUACCAUAUACAAUCGCACUUCAUCAUUCAGCUAUGUAUUUAAAGCGUACCUCUAAAUUAGCGAUUAAAAUGAGAACCAAAUUAGAAAAAAUUCGUGAUCAAAAGUUGAUCGAUAAAUUAUUAAAUUACGAAUCGCCAAGACUGUAAAAGAAAAUAUUUGUUAAGGAUAAUUAUUUUGUAGAAAAGAGACAAUAUUAAAACUUAGAUUUUAUUGAAUCGUUAUUUAUUCAGAUUUAACAGAUAGAGUAUUCGCAUUGAAAUAUUUUUACAAAAUAUAGGACUCGUAAAACAAUAUCUAGAAAUGUUGUUAAGCUUUGAAAACAUGAGUUUUUACUUAUAUACACUAAAAAGAAUAUUUAUUUCUAAGAAACUUGUAUUACAAUGCUUUUAAAAAAUAAUACGCAAGUAAACAGUGCAGAUUUGUAUUUCAUAGUAGAAUUUCAAUACUACACUCGCAGGUACAACUCAUUGAAAAUGUUCAUGUUUCUAAUGUUUGAUAAUAAAGAAUAGGAACGAUUAGUAUUAAGCACAGAGGCACUGUUUGGUCAUUUGAGCUGGUUUGAACAUCAAUAUUAAAUACCUGAUCAGUUUAACCAAGAUAAUUACAAGAAAUUUACAGAAAAUUAUCAAACGAAACAUUGUAGAAAUAAUAUUUCUUGUGAUAUUAGAUUUUUUACAAAUAUUUUUCAUAUAAUAUUAUUGUAUUGUUGUUACGCGCGAAGCCAAAUAUUUAAAUCAGUUCGAGCAUGAACGUUUUGUGUAAUAAAAAUCUUAAAUGAUAAUAUUAUCUCGAAAUUUUAAUUAAUAUUAAUAUUUUCAUAAAUAUUAAAGAGAACAAUUUGAUGUUUAUUUUUUUAUUUUUAAUUCCGAGAAGAUUAUUUGUUUAAUGAGUUUUCUUCGCAAUACCGUGUACAUGUAUAUCUAUAUAGAUUGGUCUCUUCUUUCUUUUUCUUUUUUUGUUAACAGCGAAAAGCACAUAGCCAAAAGUAUAUAUAAUAUAUGACAAAGAUUAUGAAGAAUCCUAUAAAUCUUAUUAGAUAUUAUAUCUUUUGCGAUGAAAAUAUAUAUAUAUAUAUAUGUCAGCGUUAGAUUAUAUAAUUUAGUUACUCGUUUUAUAAAGUAACGCCAACAUAUAAAUAUAAAGUGGGACAAUAACU